UUGUGUGAAAGUCGUGAUAUUGUGACUACCAGGGUCCAGUCAGAGAGCUGCUGAAAAUGUCUUCUAGUGCAGCGCCCAGCAAACGACGACGAGUGGAGGAAAAUGACGAGACGAAUUUCUCAUCCACGUUUACACUCUUCAGCAUGGCGACCGGAGCUUCCACGAAGAAAAUUGCCCUUAUAACCGGCAUUACAGGACAGGAUGGGUCCUACUUGGCAGAGUUUCUUAUCGGCAAAGGAUAUGAGGUACAUGGCAUCAUCAGAAGAUCGAGUACAUUCAACACCUCUAGGAUAGAGCACCUGUACGCUGAUCCUAAAUGUCACACAGAGGGAUUGGGAAGAGGAACAAUGCACCUACACUAUGGUGACCUGACAGACAGCACCUGUCUGGUGAAAAUCGUUAGUGAGGUCCGUCCAGAAGAAAUCUACAAUCUUGGUGCUCAAAGCCAUGUAAAGGUGUCGUUUGACCUAGCAGAGUACACAGCCAAUGUAGAUGCUGUAGGAACGCUCCGUUUACUCGACGCCAUGCGAACCUGUAAGGACAUCCUACCAAAGAAUGUCAAGUUCUAUCAAGCUUCAACAAGUGAAAUGUUCGGCAAAGUUCAAGAAAUCCCACAAAAAGAGACCACGCCAUUUUAUCCAAGAUCUCCAUAUGGUGUGGCUAAGGUGUAUGCCUACUGGAUAGUAGUGAACUACAGGGAGGCUUAUGAUAUGUAUGCUUGCAAUGGAAUCUUAUUCAACCAUGAAAGUCCCAGAAGAGGUGAGACAUUUGUGACACGUAAGGUGACGAGAGCUGUUGCCAAAAUCAGUCUUGGCCAGCAGGAAGACCUUCAGCUUGGAAACAUCGACUCUAUGAGAGAUUGGGGCCAUGCGAAGGAUUACGUUGAGGCGAUGUGGCUGAUGAUGCAGCAAGAAAAACCGGAUGACUUUGUCAUCUCGACCGGGGAGAGCCACAGUGUGCGGGAAUUUGUAGAAAAGGCCUUCAAAGUGAUUAAUGUAGAAAUCAGUUGGGAAGGCAGUGGUGUUGAUGAGGUCGGCAAAGACAAGGCAACAGGUGUGAUUAGAAUUCGGAUCAACCCUAAAUAUUACAGACCUACAGAAGUGGAAUUCCUACAGGGAGACUGUACCAAGGCGAAGACCAACUUGAAGUGGCAGCCAAAGUAUACCUUUGAUAGCCUUGUUGACGAAAUGGUGAAGUCUGACAUAAACCUUAUGAAGUCCAAGCCAACAGCCUAAUGAAUAGGAGACAAAUCGACCUGUGUGAGAUUGAGGGGCUUGUACCAAUCCAGCAAUGAGUGUGAUGGAGCAGUCUGAGGGAUCAAUUUAUACCUGUAUAAAUACAAAGGCUAUCAAUGUUUGUCAUACAUAUGUCUUUUAGGAACUAAUUAUGUUGAAAAAUAUGAGUUUCAAUACAUACACAUUAUAUGGAAGCUGACAGCACAACAUGUAAUGGGAAAACCUGAAAUUGUGGGGAUUAUAUUUGAGUUAUUUUUGUUAGUUAAUGAUUUAUUAUUUAACAGUAUGGUAUAUUAAACUAUGGAUUUGUUUUGGCUGCUGAAAAGGUUGUUUUGCAUAAUAUGAUUUUAUAGUGCUUUGUUUUGUAUGGAGGUAUGUAUUACUUCAAGCGAAUGAUGACGGAAUCUCUUAUACAAAUUGCUAGAACAUAGCUAUCAAUUUAUCAAUUUAGUAUUGAUUAUGCAUUUAAAAUAAUAUUUAUGAAUUUUAAUUAACUCUCUUUUUCAUUAAUUGGGAUAUACAUAUUUCCUUAACCGCAACGAAAUUUAACUUAAGAGUUAUACAUGCUGUUGUUCAAAUUGAAUAGAAAUAAUAUAUGUACGGAAUUAUUUUGUAUAUUUUACUUUUUACACCGUUUAGAAAUCAAAAUUAUUCUCCAUAGAAAAUGAAAAUGACCAAUGAAGGCAUUAUUAAAAUUCUAAUGUAAUUGGUGUACAAAUCAAAGGGAAACACAUUGUAAAUAUGUCCAAAGGGAACAUUUUUUAUAAGCUUUCAAAGAUUUGUGUUAUCAUAAUGAUAUUGUAUCUAUCCAUACCUUUCUAUGUAAAGGCCUGCAAUACAUUUCAAUGUUAGUAUUUUAAAAUAUAUAUUUAAAUAUGAAAAUGUUCAUUUUUUGUGACAAUCAUCACAAGGACAUGCAUUUAUAGGUACAUUUCAGUUUUAUGUUUGACAUACUAUUGUAUAUGAAGACAGAAAUCCAGGUGAUGUUUUUGUAGGUUUUUUAUUUUAUUACCGGUUUUGCUUCAGUCUGUUUUAAGCCUAGAGUAGAUAUCAUUUGUUCCAUUCAUGUUCUAAUUAAGUUCAAGCUACCCUUCAAUCACAACAUUCCUAUAUACUUAUAUCCAGUGCUCUUGUUUGUAUUUAUGUUAAUAUUGUGUUAAACAUAUCUUUGUAAUGGUCAGACUACUUUUAUUAAGGAAAGAAUAUUACUAAAAUUUAAGGACAAAAUAUGGUCUCUCAUGCAAUUAUCUAAAAAAUGAUAUCUUCAAUGUAUCAAUAGAUAGUUGAAGGUUUUUAUGCAAAUUUCAAUAAAUUAAAAAAACAAGUUUUGUCAUGAUUUUCUCUUUUUUUAUUCUUAUUACAUUUUCAUCCUUUUUAGGAAGAAAAAACUGUAAUGUUUAAAAUGAUAGGGAACAAUUGAUCAGAAUUAAUUCAGAAUUGUUUCGCAUUCUGCGAUGGAAAAUCAGUAUUCUAUAACUGAGCACACAAGUAUUCUUAUUGUGUGGAUGGUUAUUCUGUUAACUGAAGAGUAAACACAUUGUCAACCGUCAUAUGUUUGAACUGCGUUGUUGAUAUUUAUGAUGAAUCCUGCAAUACAAUUGUGUAUGUGAUAUUGGAUAGACGACCGGUCAGGUUGAUAUUAUUUUAUUGUCAAUUUUGUGUUGAGACAAAUUUUAAUAUGAUCAAAUGAUUGGAAGAGUGGUAUUAUCAUUAUUUUGACAGGGCGAAUCUCAUGAUAGAAAGUGUAUCAAAGGACCAAUCAGAUUUUGUGUUCAAACAUUUUGCAAAUAUACAUCGACCUGAACAGUGUUAGGUUGUAUUUGUACCUUUCCUUCAAAACUCAUCGUCAUGAAAUGGAACUAUAAUGAAAUUAUCAAACUUUAUUUAAUUAACCUUUCCAUAAUCAAAUAAUAAGUUUUAGUAUCUAUUAAAAACAUGUCUCAAAUAUUUCAUGAUAAAUUUCCUCAUUUAUCUAAUAUUGUGUGAUAUUUCCCCCUCUCAUUUAUCUAAUAUUGCGUGAUCCUCUUUUCCUCUCAUUCUGGAUAUACUGUACUUGUUGAGAAAUUUUGUUUUUUGUUUGAUUUUAUUUGGUAUUUAAUGUGUGUCUUAACGAUCAAUGUCUUUCGAAUAAAUCUUGUAAGUUAUAUCAUUUUCUAAAUACUGAUCGCUUGCUUUCUUCACACAUUUGUAUUUUAGUUGGUUCAUUUUGUCAUAAGGUGUAGUUUCCUCAUUCUAUAUCUGACGUAUAUAUCUAAGUAACAGAUUGUAUACAACAUUUUGCCUUUUAGAAUAUUAGUAUAAUAUAUAAGUGAGGUAUCGUAUACCUGUGUUUACAACCCAGUGCGAGUGUGUUCAUACUAAGAUGACCAUAUCCGUCAGAAAUCGGAAGUUGUUGCUUGUUUAAUAUUUUUGAGAAGAGUAGUCCUUUAUCACAUUCCAUCUUAACAUUUCAUGACCUUCUAGAAGCUUGAUAGACAUGACAGUGCCAUACACCAGGAUGGUGUGUAGGGGUUAUACUACACAUGGCAGUGACAUGACAGUGACAUACACCAGGAUAAUGUGUAGGGGUUAUACUACACAUGACAGUGACAUGACAGUGCCAUACACCAGGAUGAUUUGUAGGGGUUAUACUUUAUUCACAAUAAGAUUCAUCACUUUGGUAUGCAUACUAUAGGUUAAGUUUGUAUUAACACAAACAAGAAUUGAAAGCUUAUUUUUGCAAAGAGUGUAAAUGACCAGUGUCUCAACUCUUUACCGCUGAAAACAACUUAAUAAGCCACUGUGUGCCGAAUCAGUAAAAUCAGCUGUCAAACAUCAUAGCAACAUUUCACCAAAUUGCACUCUAAUACUGCAGGAAGUCAGGGGGACGGGUAACAUGUUUACCCAUUCUGCCCCUUUUGUGGAUGUUCAAAUGGGGUCAUAAAAUUGACUCAUCUGGCGGCCCCUUGAUUUAUACCUUAGUUUAGACCAGACAGCAAAAUAUUAAAUAAGGUCAAAAUUUUAUAACUUUCGUUAGGCUCUUUUAGAUAAUUGAAUUCUUGAAUAAUAACCGGUAGUAAACUAGUAGUACAACGAUCCACAAUGAAGACAAUACCGCAAAUAGCUGUUUAGAUGAUGCUUUAUCACAGGUAGUGAUAAUUUAUUUAUAUGAUCAGAAUUUAAAAAAAUGUCCUGACUUAAACACCCCCAUGGCAAAAAUCUCCAAAUUUGUGUGAUGCCAAACAUCCUGAUUUAUGGUAUUACAUACAGUUACAUAGUGAUCUCAUUUUUUCUAGAAAAGAAAAUGUCCAGUGACAUCGUUCCUCAAUGUAAUGUUACAGAAAAAAGAGGGUAUCAAUCAAUAUGUGGAUACAAUUGUCUGACUUUGUGGAGAUGUUACAUACCCGGGUAUUUAUGAACUUUAUUUGGGCACUCAAGUUUUAAUGGAAAUUUUCCAUGUAGUAUGUAGAAAUCUACCUUUAUAUUUGUGUUUAACAGUAUUGCCUUUUUGACAUGAUUUACAGUUUGUAACAGGUUGUGUGUGUUUGUGGCAUAUAAAUACCUUGUGUAAAAAUGUAGGUUAGCUAGGAUUAUUGGCAAUUUUUCACUAUUGACACUUAGAAGGCGAUGUGGUUAUUAUUUCAAUAAAUACCAACAACUAAAUUAAAGUCAUGAGAUAAGAGCCCAUAUGAAAAAACAUUGCAGUUAGCUCAAUACCAUCAUGAAGCCUUGACAUUUUUUAUUCUGAACAACCUUUAUCUGUUGUGCUAAAUAUAACAAAUCAAUUCGUUUAAAGGAAAUAUAUGUGUUAUUUACCAUCCCUUGAUUGCACACAUCGAGACAUACAAUGUACGGUACUCUUUUACUUUUUGAAAAUAAGUUUUCCCUGUGUCCACGAUAAGAGUUUCCCAAGGCUCUUGCCCAGCUUGUGACCCCACGAGAUGGUAUUUUAAAACAUAUAAAAAUGUAAUGAUAUUGCCCAUGUAAUAUUCUCUCCUAAUUUAUUAAUUAUACAUUUUUAAUUCAUAACAAUGACAAGAAAAUUAAAAACAAUGCCCACACCAUUAGCCUUGCUGUCGGCUGUCAAACUGUAAUUUCCAGUCCCCUUAAAGCUUUAAGUAAUACUUUUGUAUUGACAAUCACAAAUGGGACGUAUUUCAUUAAAAGAAAUGUAUGUGAAGGCCAACUUUGAAGUAUUCAUUGAUGUGUUCCUGAAAGGUGGUAGUCAGUGCCCAGUCCCAUUUUAUACAAUAUGGUAACUGGCGUUUUAAGCGAUAAAACUGAUUUAGAUGAUUUAUAACGAGAAAAAAAAAUGCUCAUAAAGAUCUAACAUCACAGAGGAAGUGAAGAUGUUAAUAUUACCUGGGUAUUUAAUUUUACGUUAACUUUGAUGAACACCGAUAUAGUGAAAUUAAAUCUCCCGCAAAUAUUAACAACUAUACACAGUAUGUGAAACAAAAUUGUUUAUAUCAUUCAGGAAUCUUUUUAUAUUUUUUUGUGCAAGCUGGUAUUUAUUGUGAGGCUAUAUAUGAGAAUAUAUUAACAACUAUUAUGCGAUGUAGUAAUUGAGUAUCAUCAAUGUUGUAGCCACUGCUGAUCAUGGCUAAAGCCAUCUACAAGAGGGAUAUAUAUAUAACACGGUUCUAUUCUUUCUCUGGAAAUAAAGUUUAACGUUAGCUACACUUCUGAAA